UUUUUUUUUUUAUUUUUUUUUAAAGUAUACAAACAGGUUUUUUUUUUUUUUAAAUGUAGGUUGUCUGCUUUUCUUUUCUUUCACCAUUCAGCAUUCACACAUCUCACAUAUCCUUUGCGUGUGAUCUUGAUUUUUAGUGCUUUAAUAUCGCUUUUUGAAUGGGGCCGUCAAAUUGUUUUAUUGAAGCGGCUCAAGUCGGCCGUAAUAAGUUUGCUAGGAAAGUAGAUAAAGACGUUCAUUAUGGCACAGCUGGCUUCAGAGAAAAAGCAGAAGUUCUCGAUCACAUCAUUUACCGCAUGGGGUUGUUGGCAGUUCUCAGAGCGAAGCACAAAAAUGCUACCAUUGGUCUCAUGAUCACUGCGUCGCACAACCCGGAGCCCGACAACGGCGUGAAGCUCAUAGAUCCGCGCGGGGAAAUGCUGGAAGCCAGCUGGGAGAAGAUUGCCUCGAAACUAGCCAAUGCCAGUGACGACGAUCUGGAGACUGUCUUAAACGACAUCGUCAGUUCCGAAAACAUAGAUAUGUCUAACGAAGGCAGCGUGUUCAUUGGCCGGGACACGAGGCCCAGCAGCCCGCGCCUGGCCGCCGCGGCAGUGUCGGGCGUCACGGCAAUGUGCGGCCGGGCUCAGGACUACGCCGUGGUCACCACGCCCAUGCUGCACUUCUUCGUGGCGUGCCGCAACGCCGGCGCGGAGGCGACGGAGGGUGCGUACCGCGCCAAGCUGUCCGCCGCCUUCAACAAGCUCUGUGCCCGGGUGAAACCGAGUGGGCAUUACAAGCCCCACGUAGUCUUUGACGGAGCGAACGGUGUCGGCGCGUUGAAGAUGAAAGAGCUUGCGGGAUACUUAUCGAACAAUCUCACCGUUGACAUCCACAACGAAGGGAGCGGCAAGCUAAAUCACAUGUGCGGGGCGGACUACGUGAAGGUCCAGCAGAGAGCGCCCGAAGGAGUGCCGGCAUCUCCCGGGGCCCGCUGCGUGUCCGUGGACGGAGACGCAGACCGCCUCGUGUACUUCUUCACCGGCGAGGACGGCGCGUUUCACCUGCUCGACGGCGACCGGAUAGCCACUCUCGUCGCCGGCUACCUGAUGGAGCUAGUGCGCGCGAGCGGGCUGGCGAUCAACCUGGGCCUGGUGCAGACGGCGUACGCCAACGGCGGCUCGACACACUACAUAGCAGACGUGCUGAAGGUCCCGGUUGCGUGCGCAAAGACCGGCGUCAAGUUUCUCCACGAGAAGGCUCUGGAGUUUGACAUCGGCGUCUACUUCGAAGCGAACGGCCACGGCACUGUCAUAGCCAGCGAGAAAACCUCUCGGCUCAUCAAGGACGCCAUCAGCAAGGCUGAGGUCCCGCCGGGGCAGCGCGCGGCGGCCGAGCAGCUGGCCGAUGUGUUCGACGUCAUCAACCAGACGGUGGGCGACGCCCUCUCGGACCUGCUGCUGGUGGAGACGAUCCUCCGCUCGAAGGGCUGGGACGCACGCGACUGGCUCGGCACGUACGCCGACCUCCCCAACAGGCAGCUCAAGGUCACCGUCCAGGAUAGACGCGUCGUCCAGACGACGGAUGCUGAACGUGUGUGCGUAUCCCCAGAAGGCCUGCAGAGCAAGAUAGAUGAACUGGUCGCAAAAUUCGAACGAGGCAGGGCUUUUGUCAGGCCGUCCGGCACGGAGGACGUGGUGCGAGUCUACGCGGAGGCAGACUCCCAGCGCAGCGCGGACCGGUUGGCUGCACUGGUCGCUGCGGCCGUGCAUCAGGUGGCCGGGGGAGUGGGGGACGCCCCCGCCGUGCCGUGAGCACUCGUCGUCCUCGCUCUCUUCGAGGGCGUGCCUCCCCUUCCAGGUCGUGAUUCUACAUCUGUAUGAAUCACCGGUCCAACUCUUAGACGUUUUCCAAUUGUUUAAACUUUCACGAAAUGAAAAAUAUAUGUAUAGCGCAUACUUUUUUUCAUAAUUAGCUGCAAAAGUUACGUUUUUUAACGUUUUCGGGUUGUACAAAUAAGGAGAAUUUAACUUACUGCAGAACUGAAACUUUUUUAGGUUUAACUGCAAUGCCACUGGCUACUUCAUGAUAUGGUUUGCAUUUCUAUCACAAAAACUCAUUACAUGUUCCUUGGCUGUCAAAAUCGUAACAAGUUUGAGAAUUUUGAAAUGCCAGGUAAAAUUAAUUAAUAUUUUCUGAAAGAAAUUCAAACAAUUUCUUGAAGUAGCCAGUGGCAUUGCAGUGAACCUAAAAAAGUUUCAGUUCUGCAACAAAUUAAAUUCUCCUUAUUUGUACAACCCAAAAAAACGUUUAAAAAAUGUAACUUCGGCAGUUAAUUAUGCAAAAAGUAUGUGCUGUAUAUGUUUUUCAUUUCGUGAAAGUUAAACAAUUGAAAACGUCUACAAGUUUAUCUGUAAUUACUGUAAAUGUAAAAUGUUGACCUUGAAAUGAGAGGCGCCCCCUUAAGGCUCGCCUCAAGCCUCCACGUUGGGGUUUUCCUUCCAAACACUGCUCUGAAAGGGUUAAGGCGACAACCCCUCUGAAGUACGAAUGUUUUUUAUUUUGAUGUGUGACAUUUUUAGCUCUCGGUAUACGGCAUUUGGCAGGUCUGUUCCGUGAGUGGUACGGAAGUCGCGUGGGACGGAAUAGUGUUGCCACGGUGCUGCCAUCUGUGGCGGAUGGCGUGAACAAAAGAUCACAAAGCCAAAAGGAAACUUCAUAGAUUUUAACCGUUUCAUGAAUUUUAACAAGACGGUCAGUAUUUUAAUAAAGUUCCGUGUCGGAAACCAGGUCCAAAGCUGGGGUUUGGUUUUUUUUUUUUCCUUUCGAUUCCUUUUCACUUUUAUCAAAGCAGUUUCAUUACAUAGUUUAACCUUUCGCUCUGCAAUUUGAAUGUUACGAUAGUCGACGUAGGUGCUCUGGCAGAAGAAAUCGAGUUGAAAACAAUUUUUUUUUUUAAAUAUUUAUAACGAUCUGAAUUAUUUUAAAGAAUUCUGUGUUAAAUUUGGUGUCAAAGUUUCGUAUUAUAAGUGUAGUUGAAAAUGAGAACACAUGAAUUUGCUGGUUACCGAGGUUAGAUGCUACACAUCACUGGCAAGUAUUAAAAGACUCACUCACAAUUAAAAAAAUAAUAAUAAUAAUAUUGUAUAUGUAUUUACGUUUACAGUGGAGUCCCGCUUAUCCGAACUAAUUUAGACCGAGACCUAUUCAGAUUACCAAAUUUUUGGAUUAGCCGAAUAACUGCCGUAAAGCAUCAACAUGCAAUGUGUUAUAUAUAUAAGAAACCUUUUAGUUAUCUCGUAACACAUUCUGUAACAUCUUUACAACUGAAUAUGUUAAUUAUUGGGUCAAGACUCCAAAAAUAAUUUUUUAAAACAUAUAAAAAUAUUUUUCUAUUUUUUUUUUUUUUUUGUUCAAAACUUAUCUGGAUUUUCGGGCUAGCAGGUUUCAAAUUAUCAGGACUCCUCUGUUCGUAGGUACUUAAAUUCAUGUUAAACUUUUCUUUCAGCAAAAGUUGUAUGAAACUAUUUAAGGACCAUGAAUUUGUGUAUAUCUUGAAGCCAAACUCAGACUGUAUUUUACUGACAGCCUCUUCUGAAAAGUAUUCACUGGAGCUACCCUUGAUGCCUACAAAUGUUUUCUCUGUAGAAGAUUCUCAAAUCAUUUUUUUUAUUUACAUUUUAAUAUUUGUAACAGAUGUAUUCUGUGUGUUAUAUCGUUAUAUCUUACUUGUAAAAAAUUAAAAAAUUAGAAAGAUGUUCGUAAUGAACAUUUUUUUAAUCUGGUUAAUCCCGCCGUGUUCACUCACUAGAUGUGUUUCCGCGGCUGGGUAAUUCAUGCAAUUUAACUUCUUUGGUCACUCUUUCAAAUAAUAUUUUUGUAAAUACAGUAGAACCUUGAUUAACCGAGCUUCAGUUAACUGAGUUCCCGUAUUAUCCGAGCCCACCUGAUAUGUCAUUACCGGCAAAGACUGUUGAAACAUUUGUCUGAGGGCUGUAAAGUAACCUAAAAUUUGUCAAAAGCUUUAAAAAAAAUUUACCUCAAAGAUGAGUAGAUGACAUUUACUCAGGCAAAUCAUUUAGUGACAUGAAAGAAUAUAGGCAAACAUCAACCCAAAAAAUUAUACCACUAGGCCAACUCUGAAAACAAAGACAGUUUUCUUAUAUUAAUCUUUCUAUACAAGAUUUUGCAUUUCUAAGAUUGCUGUGGUCCGCAUUUACUCAGUUUUUUGAGACACUGAUGUAUCUGGGAUUGGGGGGGAACCUAAAACGAGGAGGCUGAUGCAGAUCCUUAGAAAAGGUGACUUAAGCUGUAGCUUACGGUGUUGAAGGCUUGUUUGUUGCAAGACUUCAGUCUGACGACCUAGACCUGUAGGUUGCUGAGGGAACGCUGUAUUCGAUUCCAUUUCGGACGGAUUCCUCUGCCGUUUAAGACUGCCUUGUUCGACACACGUGGGGAAGACAGUACCGCACAGCCGUUCCCAGAGCUUACGUGUUCGUGGAAAUUACACCUUGUCAGAGGGGCGUAUCUGUGCUGGCGAGGCGGGAUGAUAAGCGCGACGCUCGCUGGUGCUUCUAGCGCGGUGUCUCCUCUGGACUGGCGCGCAGUCUUCUCGUCGUGCAUCGAGCGGCGACCGUGACAUCACACGGCGGAGAAAUGAAGAUAAAGGUGUAAUGCAAGUCCCUUGAGUGCUUUCAAGAGUAUGUACCAGGUGUUUCAUGGCUAAAAAUUAUCCUGAAAACUCCCAUUUUUAACUAUCCUUAAAAUACAGUUCGAAAAGGAAAUAUGAAAACAAAACCCCACUGAUAAUUUGGACAAUUUUUUUCAAAUUUCAUGUUUUUUGGUGAAGCUCUGCACACCGUAUGUGUGCCCGGGUAGGUUUCCUUGAAUGGUCGGAGGGGUGUCACCGACCGAUGGCCCUCGGACAUUCUUCCACCCGCUAAGUCUCGGGCGGAUGCAACCGGAAACUGCUGCUUGGCUGUAAAAUGAAUUUGAAUUGGACUGUGUAGAUAACAUAUUCUUAAAACAAAAAAAAAAUUUAAUUUUCCAUCCUGUCUGUUUUUGCCAAUUUUUAUGUGGCCUUGGAUCGGAGAUGUGAUUGUACUGACAUGAUUCGUUUGAAAACAUCACAUGGCUUGCAUUGGCCCACGUGUCUUCACGCAGAGUGUUUCUGAACGUCUGUCGUCUGCAGCCGGAAAUGGGAGUCCGCUGUCUUGUGUUUUCCCAGGUUGUUGCUCCAGCCAGCAAUGUGCGAUACAGACUGAUUAUUUGUUGUGAUAUAUUUUGUGUUUAUGGUGUGGUUUAUUCUAUAUAUUUUUAUUUGUUAUCUGUUUACAUUAUGGUGUUUGAGAAGUUUAAUAGUUUAUUUUGGUGGUACUGUAUUUGUAUUUUACUUGUUAAAUAUAUUUUUAUACAUAUGA